AUGGCUGGCAGGCGCCUGUUGCACGUUGGGCUCCUGAUCGCUGCCAUAGAGACAUGCAGGGGCUGGUCAGCACCGCAGCCUCUCAGAGCUCACGCUGGAUCCCCUCCUCGUCACCGAUGCCUCCUCCCUCGCGUCUCCAUGUCAACAGAGCCGAACAGCAACCUGGCUCUCGACCGACGAUCACUGCUGGCGCUUGGGAUCUCACUUGCUUUCCUGCCUGGAAAGCUGCAAGCUGCCAUCCCCUCGCAGGAAGAAUACAACGUGGGAAGCGGAACAGUGGUCAGAGCCAAACAAUCAAACAGGGAGGUUAGGAAGGAAUUCAAAGCCCCACCUGCUUCAAAGGAAGAGGCCGUGGAAACGCUGAAGGAUGCAGAACGCCUGGUCGAUUCUCUGAGCGAGUAUGCAAAGAACAUGGCAUGGGAUGAUAUUCGGGCAGAAAUGCUGACUGCACCCCUUGCAAACCAGAAGUUCUCAAAGCCUGACAGACCAGCCAUCUUGUUCUUGUCUUUCUUCGGCUUCAAGUCGGAGAAGGAGUUGAUGACGGUCAUGAAAAUCGACAAGAAAGCAGCCACUAGGAUCGAGAAACUAAGGAAGGAUGCUUCUCUUACCUUGAUGGAGCUCGCUGAAUUUGCAUUCACAAAUCGUGUUGUAUUCUUUAAUGAGGAGGACAAGAGGACUGUAGCUGAACUUUCUGAAAAGAACUUGCAAGUCGAUCUCGACGAGGCUCUCCGACUCAUUCAAGAUUCGAAGGAGCGAAUCCAAGAAAUCAUUCAAUCUCUUUCUGCUGCUUAA